GCAAGUGCUUCUAACGAGUAGGGGUUCAAUUUCCAGCGAAAACUAUGCAAAUAAUCACAAUCAGCGCGUUACCAACUGACCAAUGAGGAUUUGUUACUUCCUUCAAUUUCUAUCCCAUCCACAACCAGUUUGGGGAGUGGGGUAGUCGCACUCAUAUUCAGUGGGGUCGACUACGCACAGAUUUCGCUUAAAAACAAAUUUAGUCUGAUUGAUAUAGGACUAAAUGGCCCUCGCGGAAUUUAGCAUAUAAGCUACAAGCGAGCUCAGUAUUUUAACAACUGGUAUUCGUUCUCAAUCUUGAUUACAAUUUCGAAUUAGUUUGUAAAUCUGUGUAUACUCAAUUAUGGGGAAUACUCCGGCUCAUUAUAAAAGACGCUUUUCUGGAGACGUUUGUGGCCGACUCCCUAACUCAACACCACCUGGUGUCAGUGUUACUAUCCCUCCACCGAAAAAACGAAAUACUCAUAGUCUGACAGAUUUAUCGCGUUCUGCUCCGGCCGAUUAUCCUAAUAAUGAAAUGUCAGUGAAUGACGACAAUGUUACUCUUAAUGAUAAAGAUACAAUCUCUAUUGAUGAAGCUACGUCAAUGAUGCGAGCUGCCAGUCUACGUGAACCUAUUAAUAUCAUCGACGCUCACGAUAAUCUUGAUGGUAAUAAUCGGUUAUACAAUGUGUUACCACCUGGCAAAAUGGUAACGUCAACAAUUUCUAGUGGUGAUGAGAAAAUUUCCGAUUUUCUCCAAGAAAGACCAUCUAGUGCAGGUCCAUUAUAUUCAACAGAUGAACAAAUGAUGUAUAAGCAUGGUCAACCACAGAUUAUUUUACAUAAUGUUUCAAGAGAUCGUGCAAGAACUCUACCAUCCAGAAAGUUGGUUGGUUUAAAACUUCCUACUGUUUUUCGGUGGAAUGGUGGUGGUAAAGAUAUAUAUAUUAGUGGAACUUUUAAUAAUUGGGAGAAAAGAAUUCCUAUGGUUAAAAGAAACUCAGGAGUUUAUGUAAUUAUUGAUUGUAAACCUGGUGUUCAUCAGUAUAAGUAUUUCAUUGAUGGGGCAUGGUAUCAUGACCCAACCAAACCAACUGUAGACAAUGAAUAUGGUACAAAAAAUAAUAUUGUCCAAGUCAGAUCAUCAGAUUUUGAUGUUCUACACGCGUUAGAACAUGAUCAAGCCAGUAGUCGAAGACGUUCAAAUAGUUCCGAAUCUAGCGAAGUAGACAAUUUGGGUGGUUACUCACCGCCUGGAGAAUAUGGUCGUUUUAUACCCACAGAUAUAAGUGAGCUACAUAACAUAUCAACAUCAAUAUAUACUCGACACAUGUCAAUCGCACCAGGUAUUACGCCGCCACCUCAACCUCCCAUGUUACCACCACAUUUGUUACAGGGUAUUUUAAAUAUGGAUACAAACACCCAUUGUGACCCUAAUCUGCUGCCACAACCAAAUCAUGUAAUUGUCAACCACCUGUAUGCCCUCUCGAUAAAGGACGGUGUAAUUGUGCUCAGUGUAAUCACACGCUUCAGGCAGAAAUUCGUGUCAACUCUUUUCUACAAACCGAUUGAAGGAUGACCAAUAUAUACAUAUCCUAAAUUUGCUUUCUUUUUGGUUACAAACAGUUCAUGAAUCCACAGUUGCAGUUUACCUCUGAGUUACGAAUAUACGCUCAAAAUUUGCUUUUAGCCCUUUAUAGAUUUUUAAAAAGCUAUAUUGUUCUUUUUUAAUUCUUUAUGGGGAUAAGCAAUUAGAUUAAAAAACAUCGACUUAUUAUUAGGACAAAACAUUGGGAGUAAAAAAGGUUAAAUAGAAAACUGUACACCUAAUAGAUUGUAAUAACAAAACUUUGAUACAUAAAUGCUGCCAAUUUGAAGAAUUCUAAAAG